AUGUUGCGCGACGCCUCCUCCCUCUUGUCUGUCUCCCAAGCGCCGUACAAAGAUUUCACCAUGCCGAGCGAGGAGCGCAAUCGAUACUGGAACAAGGAGACAGCGAAGGUAAAUGCAGGUUUGGAUUUCGGCGGCUCCAGGGAAGAUGGCAAAGAAGCCAGGCAAACGAUUGGCGCGUGGUGUUCAAACAACCCGGUCGUGAACAUUGACUUCAGCAGCUUCCAUGUGCCCUCUGCUGCUCCAGGUACGAAGCCGUCGACGGAGGAGCUCGUCCAGCGCCUCCUCAACCCUCCCGCUCAUGCCUUUGUUCAUGGUGUGCUAUCAAUUCAGUGGGUCAUCACCGUAGCAGGGACAGAGAACUUCUGCUUCAGGGCAAGCGACGAGAGGUUCGUUCUCAGUCAAACAUCAGCGCUUAGGAGGGAGGGACACGCAUUAGGGAUGCGGACAGCAUACCUGGAGUGGCUAUGCGGCGAUGACCUAGGCUCAAGCGCGGCGGAGCAGGGUAUGUUCCUGACACCGGCAUUCUUCACGAAGGAGAUGUAG